CGCGUCGCGCUUGUUUGUGUUUUCAUUUUAUAACUUUUAGCAAAAAUCAACAAAAUAAAACCAAAUAACCCAAACAAAACCCGUCUAUUUUUAGCAAACAUGCCCAAGCCGACGUGCGUAAAAUGCGACAGUACCGACUCGUUCCUGUGGAGAAACACCGAAGGCGGGCAAAUUUGCAACGAAUGCCAUCUCGCGAACUCUGCGUCAAAAGACUCGAAAGAGACAAAAACAACUCCUUCGGUCAAGACUGAAUGUCAGGAAAAGAUGGACGAAGAUAUUGAGCCGAAAAAUGAGGGGGAGACAACCCCGGCUAAAGCCACUGGAAAGGGUACAAGGAAAAGUACUAGAGCUACAAGAUAUAAGCCUAAGACUCCUUCAGCUAAUAAUGCCCCUAAGACGCCCGCUCCUCGAGGCAGGGGCCGUAGAAGCCUCUUCAAGAGGCCACCUUUAAAAGCGCCGACGGCCACAGCUACUGUUGUUACUAGUGAUUCUGUGUUUUAUCAGGGCACAUACAUGCAAGUUGGAGACAUAGUGUCCAUGAUAGACGUGGAGGGAGGCACAUACUACGCUCAGAUCCGUGGCUUUAUGACGGACCAGUACUGUGAGAAGAGUGCUGUCAUCACCUGGCUCCUGCCGACUAAAGCCAGCCCGCCGCCUGACCAGAGAUUUGACCCUGCUACUUAUAUUAUUGGCCCAGAAGAGGAGCUUCCCCGUAAACUGGAGGUAAUGGAGUUUGUGAUGCAUGCUCCCUGCGACUAUUACAAGACUACCAGCAGACCAUACCCACUAGACCACAAUGAGGCAAAUGAGUAUAAAGGAUUUGUAUGGACCAGCUUAGAGCCGAAGGAUAGAAAUUAAGUGUAGAGUUUACAUAGUGUGUAAUUUAAGUAAGUAAUAAAGUUUUGCCUUGUUUGUUAAAA